UAAAAAUAUGUCUAAUUGUUGGUUUCUCUGGCACAUUAAUGGCUGACGAAAAAUUCCUUUCUUUUAAGUAGAAAAAUCAUCACAAGCAAGUUGAAAAUGGUACGUAAGUGUAGUUAAGCGUGAGUUGAAUUGAUUGUGAUAGUUUUAAGCAGUGGAAAAUGGAGUUUUGUUGCGAAACUUCGCUUUUUUCUAAACGGGUCAAUUAUUCCUGUCCUGACUGACAUUUUUUCGAUUAUUUUUUUAUUGCUCCCGUGCUUCUGGCUGGCCUAUGGUGCUGUUCGGAUACGGAUGCUUUUCCGUCGUCGGGACGCAGUAUGUGUGAAGUGUUCGCUUGAGUGUUGGUGGUUGGUCGGUCGCGCAUAGUGCUUUCAGCUUGGCUGCUGGUGUUGUGUGUUGACUUUUCGGAAGAACCAGCCGAUUCGAUUCGAUUUGAGAUUGUGAGCAGCAGAGUGAGUCUCCGACCGAAAAGCUUACGCGCUGCUACUUCUGCUUCCUCUCGAGACUGUUCCUCCAAGUUGGUGCUGACAUCUUUUGCUACUGCCAGAAGAUGUUGCUGGCUAUAAACUGUUAUGAUUUGAUCAGAGUCGUUUUUUAAUGAACAGUGAAGUGUAGUGUAUUUAUAAAGAAAAAUGCAAUUCUGGAAGGCAACUGUGAACAUACAUUACGGAUUCCGCAAAUGUGUCUUGCAUGAGCACAAUCAAUGCCAGCAGUUCGCAAGCAAACUCGGCCACAGUGAUGGCGAGGUUGAAGGCUAUUUCUGAAUCGAAAACGGUCAGCAGCGAAUGAAUAUAUAGGUAUACAGUGAAAAAUAAUAAAACGCAGACAAGAUCGAUGAUUGCAAAUGAGAUGGACGACGAGAGUGCUUUGCUUCCCUUUUUCACUCUGGAAUUCAAGCAGGACGAUGAUAAGCAUUGAUUAGUGCCAAAAGGCACUCUUUGUGAUGGGCUGAGCUGUAGUUUCUGUUGUCCGGUACAUCAACUGCAAAAGCGCCACAUAAGGUCUAACAAAUAGUAUAAUUUUCUGUACCUCAGCUGUUUUAUAUGUGCGCAGAGACACUUGCGGCUUAGCUAGAGCGAACAAAUAAAAAAAAAGUCACGAUGGGUCUCAUCGAAUGCCCUGUUUGUACCCUGUACCUCCGAGCCGAUAUGAGCUUGGAGGAACAUCUUGGGACACAUCCAACGGAUAAGGUUAUCAAAGCUUUGGUAUCAAUGGCCACCAAAACGCAACCGCUCGGAUCUGCCCAAUCACCUGCACCAAACACUGUUGCAAGUCCGACUACUAUCAACACAUCAAAUCCCAUGGAGCUGGCAAUGAUGGCAGUAGCAUCCAGUUCACGUCCCCGUACACCACCGAAUGCGCUCAUGUAUCACAGUAGUGGAUAUGAGUCGAUGAAACAAGAAGCUCCGCCUCCUCCACCGCCACCACCUGCACCGAUUGUGCCCACUUCCGUUCCAACUGCAAUUACCGUUGUGAAAGCUUCCGAUAUGGGUUAUCCGAUAAACAAUGUUAUGAUCGUCAAAAGCUGCAGCACUAAGUACGUACAUCAAAUACCGCAGUCAAGUGGCAGUACCGGUGGAAUUGGGGCGACUACAGGAACAGCAACGUUUUAUCCUUCCAGUUCGCUCGAGGGAAGAAACAUAUUUAUAGAACCUGAUCGAGGAGGAGCGUGUGGGACAUUGACGGCUCGUCGUCAACUAGCUCCUUCGUUCUAUCCUCGUUAUACAAAUGAGCGUUAUUCUGGCCCUCCUCCUCCCUAUAGUACGGCAAUUUCAUCAACGAUCUCUGCCAACUCACACCUGCAGCAGUCUUCGAUGACGGGGCUUGUCUCAAAAUAUGAACAGAAAGCAGUCCUACAACCACAGCAACAGCAAUCGUUCUGUUCCACUGGAUCAUCGACACCUGCCGUAGUACAUGCCGUGCCCACAAUUGCUAUUACACAACAGCAACAACAGCAAAUUUAUCAAACACAACCACGUCCAUCCCCGACACCUACCAUGCAACAGUCGUCGGUCGCAAGUCAGCAGCAGAAUCAGCAGGUGCAGCUACAGACUACCAAUUUCAAACAUCAAAACUUCCUGCAAGCUCAGUACACAGAAAAAGACGAUGGGAACUUCGUAGUCACCGAAAAUCCUAAGAAAGUCGUUGAAUAUACAGAAAACGAUGAAGGUAAUUUUAUGGUUAUUGAAAAGAUCGUCAAGUCACCACCGAGGGUUGUCCAAACCAGUGACGAGAUGGAAUUAUCGUUGCCGUCUGAAGAUGUAACGCAUAUGAAGUCUGAAGAUCACUUUGAAGAGGAUGAAGAACAGAAGGACUACGAUGAGAUGAUGAUCGAUGAAGAUGAAUCAUAUGAAGUAAAAGAUAUAGACGAUCAAGAUCAUUCGCAGACAGACACUAUUGAAAUAAUAGAGAAUGAAGACGGUACCUUCGACGACAAUCGAGGAUGCUUCGGAGUUAAACAGAUGCCCAAACCGAUGUUGAUCAAUAGUAUUGGAAGCACUAAAAAAUGCAACAAGUUCAAUUUAUUCGUCGACUCAUCCCAGUCACACGGAGGAGCAUCUACAAGUGGCACGAUAACACCACGGAAAAGACCAACCAGUGGGUUGAAAGUGUUGAGUAAUGUGAAAGUCACCACGGAUUUAUCUCAAGGCAUCAAAGAUAUUAUACUGAAUCUGAAUAGCAAAAAUAAAACCACCAAUGUCACUGCGAGCAACGGAUGCUCUCCGAAUUUGGAUGGAAUUCAGACUUCAUUUAUCGCGGGAACUAAACCCACUGCAGUUGUAAAUAACAAUUGCCAAAACGAGCUUAUAAUAAAUGCGGGCAGCAACAUGCCUCCGAUUGAUCUCAACAAUGUCAACGACAUCGAAAUUAUUAACGACGACGAGGAGGAUAAUCCUUCGGAUGAGGAAGAAGAGUGUUACGUUGGUUCAAUGGAAGUGAAGGCAACCAGCGCCGAUGCUUUCCGAUUAGAAAAAGAUGCCGCGGAGGCAGAGUCGUCUAGAAGUGCUUCCCGUGCUACUCCAACUCCCUCGGUAAUCACAAGCGUCAUCCGUAUGACUCCUCAUUCAUCGCCGGUAGUUGCUCCGUUAACAUCACCUCAACCAGCACCAGCAAGCGUUCAGACAACACCAACCCCUACUGUUGAAUCCAUUGAUCCCCCACAAUCGAUGAAAACAACUCCAGUGGGUACCAGUGAAGCUUCGUUAUCAUGUAGAUCGUCUACCACAUCCAUUCAGAAGCCACACACAGCAAGAAAACCUGUGCAAACUGCCAACUGCUCUUCGGGGCUUAUAUUCAACAAACCUCCGAAAAAACUGACCGUUAAACUAAAAACUCCCCUGCCUCCGGCGCCACCGCCAACACCACCACUUGUCUCAAUUACCCCAGCCCAGGUUGUACCGAAAGUAGAACGUAUUACAGGCGAUUCCGAGGAACAAGAAUACCAGCACAACGAACAGGAAACUUCAUUAGCUGGUGAAAAUGUUCCUGAUAAUCAUGAAGCACCGCCGUAUUUGCUCUCGCCUGCUAUCCAAGAAAGCAAGUUCAUCGUUUCCGAAUGCAACCAAGUACAAUCGGAGAUGCGUUCCCCACCCAUGAUCGAUGGAGAAGGGACGUCUUCUGAUAUGAAGUUCAGUGCAUCAUCGUCGAAAACCGUAACAACCUACAUAACAACAAAGAUAGAGAAGGAUGCUCAACUCGCAGAAACUGUAGUUUUCACCCAGUCGUCGUUGAAUCAUGAGAACAGUAACUGUGCUAUGAUAUCCAGCCCUAAUUCCAGCUCUCAAGAGAAUCACCAGAUCCAGGAUGCUGCCAUUCCAACAUCAUCACAGGAGAUCGUUCAAACCACCACAACUACGGAGGUCGAAUGCUUCAACAUAACUUUCAUCGACGACGAAGGAGGUGUUUUGAAUAACCUUGCAAACACUAGUUCCGGUGCUAUGGCGAUACACGAGGUGAUAGCACAAAAUUUGGAAAUCAGCAACGACAAUUGCACCACCACAAUCGUAAAACAAGAUGAGGAAGUUGAUCAAAAGACUAACAUUGCCAGUGGGUGCAACAUAGAGAUUACCGAAGUUUAUGCACUCUCACCUCACAGUGCACCGCAAGGGCCAAGUGACACCGAAAAUGCAACAUCACCCGCUACGGAAGAAUUUGAACCGGCGGAUCUUAAGAGUCGAAUCAAAAUCGAAAAAGUCGAAAAACCUACUCAAGGUGAGGAGGAAAAUUCAGCCAACGAUAGUGAAAGGACAGAAGAAGACAGGGUAGCUAAAAUAGAACCCAACACUUCUGUUAAUUCCAUGUCUAUAUGUAACAGUAACAUCUAUCAAAACGAUCAAAAAGACCUGCUCGAGGCUGGACCUUCGAGAGAAAUGACAACCGUUGAUAGCAAUAGUGGUAGCAGCGCAACGCAUAGCCGUGCCGAAAACGUUGAGCCAACAUUCCUUGAGUAUAGUGCCGAGUACGAUGAUUAUGUUCCGGUCAACGGCUAUGGAAUUCCACAAGAACAGAUUCCGCUGUCGUGGGUGCAAAAGUUCAGCCCGCAAUAUACUCCAUUCGAUGACCAAAAUUCCUACAUGGAUUUGGACAUGUGCAGCAGUAAGACAAACUCCAAUAGCGUUGGGGAAAACAGUGCCAUCAGUGGGGGUAGUGGCAGUGGAAGCAAUGGCAGUCGCAACGGCACCAGUAUGGAUCGGGCGCCAUCGGCCGAGAGUCUGAAUAUUAGAACAGACGAGAAGAUGCCUGCCAAGGGCGAAAUAUCGGAACAGGAGAGCAACGGAGACAUGGAACUGUCGUGGAACAGGCUAUACCCAGUCCACGAAAAUAUACCCAUCUAUCCCAGUUCGUACGACCUUUCGACAGCGCAGGAAUGUUGGAACUUGAGCAAUCGUCAUUCCAGUGCUCAUAACAACAACAGCUGCAGUAGCAACACAAGCAACAAUCACCUGGCAGCAGGGCUGUCAAGUUCCGAUAUGGCAACAGCUAACCAUUUAUCCCAUCCUUACCAUCAGGGCCAUCAGUCGCACGGGAUGAGCUUCCAAUUUGCUCAGCAUAGUGAGAAUCGGAACGAGAUAGAUGACCAGCUGGAUGACAAAUCGAAAAUUCGUUUGGACUACGGAGUAAGUGCGGAAGAGAGCUAUGCAUGCUUAGGUCCCAGUGGUAGCGGUGCAUUGAAUGAUGAGGCCAGCAGAAAGCUGGUUAAGAUCCGUACUUAUCGUUGUACCGAAUGUCCCAAGUCCUUUGGCACAUUGAAGCAACGUCGUGCGCAUAUUUUAUCCGAACAUGAGACGGACAGUAAGGUGAACGUGAUGGGCGCGGCUUCGGCGACGGUGACAUCCGGUGCAUCAUCAACGGUAACAUCUGCAUCGGCAUUGGGAUUCUUUUCGAGUCCAGCGGCAUCGGCAGGGGAGGGAUGUAGCACUUCUUUGUUGAAUAAAAAGAUUAAAAUCGAACCACAACCUAUGCUUAUGUGCUACAGUUCACUGAAACAGGAAUUGGAGCAGAAGCUAGAAGGUGGAGAAGUGGCUGGACCAUCUAAUGCUAUUGUAGCGGGUAGUGGUGGGGAGGUACGUCGGAAACGUACAUAUGUUUGCUGUACGUGCAAGCAAGAAUUUGAUAGGUUCAAACUGUUCAAUGCCCAUCUUAUGACACAUCCGGCCGAGUGUUAUGCCUGUGGGAGAAGCUUUAAACAUUGGCCGAACUUUGCACUGCACAUCAAGAGACACUUGGGAAUCAAAGAUCAUCAGUGUCGGCUUUGUGGGAAGAAAUUUGUCAUCAAGCAGAAGCUCAUAGAGCACAUGAGAGUUCACACCGGGAAGGCCCCGAUCAAGUGUCCCGACUGUGAUCAGCACUUCCGGCGAUUCUCAAAUUUGGCUCAACACAGAAAUCGGCAUCACUUGAACAAGGUUCCUUGCAAGAAAGAUUUUGUCUGUGAUUGCGGAGAGGUUUUCCAAUCGAAAGCUAAAAUGGAGUGGCAUAGGGAAAUUCACGAGAACAAGCCAAAAAGUUGCCCCUUCUGCCGGGAGAAGUUCAUUCACAAGAACAGUCUGACCAGACACAUCCGCCUGUCCCAUACGGAAAAGUAUGUGAAACUUGAAACGGCCACAGAAAUGUGCACAAUUUGCAAUCAACCGUACAUUAAGACAAGCAUGAAACGUCACAUGGAAACGCACACCGAUGAGCGGAUGGCUUUCUCCUGUACGAUAUGCAAUAAAGUUUUCAGCACCAACUGGAACCUGAAGCAGCACAGAUGGACACACGCCAAUCCGACGUUGAAACCGUUCCAGUGUAAUAUGUGCUCGAGUGGAUUUGUCCGCGAGGCAGACUACAUCACUCACAUGAAUGCUCACAAAUCCAUACGACCGUACACGUGCAACCACUGCGGUUGUCAGUUUAUCCGCAAAUACAACUGGAUUCGACAUACCCGCGAGCAUGAAACGGAUAAGAACUACACCUGCGAAAGUUGUGGCCGGAAGUUCCACCGGAAGUACUAUCUAACCGAACACAAACGGAUACACACCGGUGAACGGCCGUUCUCGUGUAACAUUUGUGGCAAAACUUCCUCGACCAAGACGAACCACAACAAGCACAUCAAAAUCCAUCACGCACGGGAUCCGUUGACAGCGGAGGGUUAAUCUUUCAGGUGUCAGUUCCUGGGGUAGCGUUCGAGUUCGAGUUCGAAUCGAAUCAUUUAUGUGAAAUGCCGUACUACUACACAUUUAUUGUUGACGGAGUUUGACUACAGUAUAUUCGUAUAAUUUCGCAUAAUUCGACUGUCUAAUUAAUAUCGUGUUGCGACAAGUUUUGUUUUUGCAUUUUUAAAUGGUUGCACAUCGGAAAUAGUGUCGGAAGCGGCAGCAACAUCAGAAUUUAAUUUGGUACAAUGAAAGUUUUUCUUUCUACUAGUAGACUUCUAUUGUGAAAUCAAAAAUAGACAAAAUAGUGUAUAACAUUAUUUAUUUUAGUAUAAAAUUCGUUUUACUACAUAAUUACGAUACCCGAUCUAUGAAGCAAGCCUGAUUAUAAGAAACAACAUACAAAGAACUGAUUGCUAAACCAGAAGCCAUGGAAAGGUGGCUUCUGACUCCACACACAAUAUCGAUCUUUUUUAUAUGGCGGUAAAACGUAAGCCUCCGUUUUAGGGUGUUUGAUUUCGUAUAGACAUUCGAUUUUCCAACGGCUCACAACCUGCUGCAUAUUUGGUUCGGUAUGCUGAUGUCGGCUUGUGCAAUAAUUUUAAAACAUUUAUGUGAAACUUUUUUUUUUUUUAGUAAGAAACAUAAUCCUGCAAACCAUCUAAAAAAAAGUCAACGUUAGAAAAUUUCUAAAUUCGAAUCAAUAAAAGUUCCAUAGUGUUCUAUAAAUCUUAUGUACAAAACUGAGUAUUUUUCAAAAGAAAUUGCCAAAAUUGAAUCAGGUCAAUAAUAUUUUUUUUUAUGAAAACUUCAAAAACGUGAAAUGAAAAAAAAAGUGGAAUUUUGCCACCAAUGGAAAGUUGUUUACAAAAAUAAUACAAAAAGCUUUGGUCUAGUGACAACUGUGACAUGAACACUAUACUCUAAUAAAUGUUCAUUGGGCCGUUUGAAUAACGAGAGUAAAGUAAAGCCCUGUGCUUUCCUUAUAGGGAAAGUAAACUAAACUCUUUUAUUCAUACGACCCAUUGUUUCGUAAAAAUAGUACUUACCGUAAACUGGAGUUGGGGGGGAAGAUUUGAUAAUUU